AUGCAAUCACCCAAGAUUACAGAAGAUGUUAGAAUAAAUAAUAAUGGAGAGGUUAAACUAAAAGAUAUCACAUCAGAAGUAAGACAAAGAAAUAAAACCAUUGAAGAUGUUAAACAAAUAUCACCACCUCAUACAAAUAGAAAUAUUAAUAUUUUUACAAUUUUCAUUCAAUUAACUCAUAGAUUAUUUACUUAUAAUGUUAUACCAUCAAUAAUAGCAACUACUUCACAAACUUCAUUAUCACUUAUUAGUAUGAUUUAUUAUAACAUUAUUCAUUUUAUUUUAAUGAAUUUAUUUUUUACAAUUGCAAUUUAUAAAAAUUUUUUAUAUAUUUAUAGAAAAAGUUAUUUAAAAUAUCUAACAUUAAUUUAUUAUCAUAAUAAAUCACCACAAGUUAUAAGAGAUGAUGUUAAUAAAUUAGAUAAAAUUCCAAAAUCAAUCUCAUGUAUAUUAGAUUUAAAAGAUGCUGAUGAUGAAAAUGGUGGUAAAGAUGGAUUAAUUAAUCAAAUAAGUGAAUUAAGUGCAUGGAGUUUAAGUUCAGGAAUUUCAAAAUUAAUAAUUUAUGAAUAUACUGGUGCAUUAAAUCAAAGUAGUGAUUCAUUAAUUGAUUUAAGUAAAUUUAUAACCAAAAAUUUAAUUUCAUAUUUUGGAUCAGAAUCAAUUCCAACUUUUUCAAUUAAAAUUCCUCAUAAAAAUUUAAUUUUAUAUAGUGAUGAAAUGUUAUCAAAUUCAAAUGUUGCAACAGCUGUAGCCGUUGAUGGCAAUAGUGGUGCAAAUCAAAUUAAUGGAGGUGGUAUUACAAAUGUUGACUUAGAAAUUGAUUUGAUUAGUAGAGUUGAUGGUAAACCAACAUUAGUUGAAUUAACCAAAACAAUGAGUGAAUUAGCACAAAAUAAAGAAUUAUCAGUAAAUGAUAUAACAAUUGAUUUAAUUGAUGAAGAAUUAAUAGAAUUAGUAGGUCCAGAACCAGAUUUAUUAAUUUGUUUUUCACCAAGUUUAAAUCUAGAAGAUUAUCCUCCUUGGCAUAUAAGAUUAUCAGAAAUUUAUUGGGAACCAGAAAAUAUAGAUGUAAAUUAUGCUGUAUUCAUUCGGGCAUUAAAGAAAUAUUCAAAUUGUAAAAAAAAUGUUGGUAAAUAG